AUGGCAGUUUUGCAAGCUUUUCUGAUUGCUCUAUGCAUCAUUGUGUCUCAUCAAAAUUUGGUUGAUGCAAAAUUUUCCAAGAGUAUGUAUAUCACCUGGGGUACCCAGCAUGCUACAAUUCAAGGCAAUGGUGGCGAGGAUCUUAACCUCGUGCUGGAUCCAUUUUCAGGUUCUGCUGUUCAAUCAAAGAGAGGCUUCUUAUUCGGAAGCAUUGAGAUGCUCAUUAAGUUGGUACCUGGGAAUUCCGCAGGGACGGUAACAGCCUACUAUCUAUCCUCGACAGGAACCAAACAUGAUGAGAUAGAUUUUGAAUUCUUAGGGAACAUUUCUGGACAACCUUACAUUGUCCACACAAACGUCUAUACACAAGGAAAUGGAAGCAAAGAGCAGCAAUUUUAUCUCUGGUUUGACCCUACUGCUGAUUUCCACAACUACACCAUACAUUGGAACCCCACUGAAAUUGUGUGGUAUGUUGAUAGUCUACCAAUUCGUGUUUUCCGAAACUAUGAAAACCAGGGGAUUGCUUACCCCAACAAGCAAGGGAUGAGGGUUUACUCAAGCUUAUGGAAUGCUGAUAACUGGGCAACUAGAGGCGGGCUAGUCAAGAUAGAUUGGACCAGUGCACCCUUCACGGCUAGAUUUCGAAACUUCAGGGCAAGAGCCUGCAAGUGGAACGGAGACAUCAGCAUUAGUCAAUGUGGCACCACUUCCCCGGCAAACUGGUGGACCUCCCCUAUAUACAGCCAGCUGAGCAGUGCUAAGCGGGGCCAGCUGCAGUGGGUCAGAGAUAGCUUCAUGAUCUAUGACUACUGCAAAGAUACUAAAAGGUUCAAUGGACAGAUACCUGCUGAAUGUUUUAUACAACAAUUCUGAUUUGAGGCUACGCAAUCAAGCUAUAUAAAGAGACCCGAAUCCCGUUUCUACCAGAUGAAUGAUUCUGCAGCCUUAACCAGUUUUCUUCUUUCAGUUCACAACUGAAACAACUUUCUUUUGGUUUUCUAUGUUUGAGCUUUUUUAUUAUGUUUUAUUAUACUGUAAUUCAAACAAAGUGUGUGUUUUUUUUUUUCCUUCUUGUUAACCAUUCAUUCACAUUUGUCUCAUUCUUUUGCUUAUAUUUCAGUUACCUUAAUCAAUAAAUUUUCAGAGAAAACGAAGUAUCAUUCUUCAACAAAAUGACAAAAUUUCCUCUUGAUUUUCCUCUCUUUUCUGAGCAGCCAAACACUCAAACAUCAAUAAUCAAAACAAAACAAGCUAGCUACGCGUAAAAUUUCUAC